CAGUAGGUUUGUUCAGUGGAUCUUCUCUCGUCCUACUUACCAUCACCAUGGCUUCCAGAUACCUAGACACGAUCCUGCUUCUCUGCUGCAUUGUGACCAUGUUGAGUUCAACCUCAGCAGCAUAUGGCCCUAGGAAACUUUACUGUUGUGUGGAGUACCAGGAGAAGCCUAUACCCUACCAGCAGAUAAAAGGCUACAAACAACAGAGUUACAAGGAGGUGUGCAACAAUGAUGCUAUCAUCUUCUAUACCGUGAAGAACAAGAAGGUAUGCGCCAGCAUUAAGGACGAGUGGGUGAGGACGGCUCUGGCUCAUCUCAGCUCCAAACUGAAGAAGAUGUCCGCAACAACACUGUGAUGGCCAAAACCCCCAACCCCACUCUGAAAGGCACAUUCACCCACAGCGACACAACUUUCUCCAAUCGCAACACAACAUUCUCCAACAGCACCGUAACAUUCAACAUCACCAGUAACAACACCAUUCAGUAAUGUGGCCAAAUGAUGCAGAUUUAAUGCAUUGCAUAUCUGAGGAUUGCCAUUGUUGAUGAUUGUACUUUAUUCAUGCUAAAGCUUUCAGGUAUCUUCUGAACCCACAAUGUAAGCUAAUUAAGUCAACUGCUUCAAUUAGUUAUAUUUUUCUGCAUUCCAUGUUUUAUAUUUGUUUAUUUUAAGGCCUGCAGAAAUAAAGAAUUCAAUAUAU